CAUGGCUGUGAAAAUGUCUGGAUCACCCCCAUGGGACGAUAUGUGGGAUAUUGAGGAGGAGUUGAAGUUGAACAUGGCUGUAAGCGAAUCUACCUCCAUCCACAGUGACAGAUUGUUCAGCAUAGCCAGAGAACUUUCUGGAAUGGGCUUUGAUCCAAUAAGCGGCACAUUUGAAGACCCAUUUCACUACACAAGGGAACAAUCAGACUCUAGCAGCAACAUGCUUCAGACUGACAAGCUACCUGUGGUCAACAAUUUCAUGGACAACAUGGGAUACGAACCCGGCAAAGGGCUUUAUUUUGCUGAUGGCAAGAGAAAAGUGGACUAUGUAUUGGUGUAUCAGGUAACUUCAACCGUUCAGGACUCUCCAGGACACCACAGACUUUCGGUCAUUUCCAACGGCAGCUUCCCUCGAACGGGGAGUAAAGAUGUGGAAGGGGUAAAGGACGACAAUGCAGAGGUGAUUGUGGACAUGGGGCCGACCGAUCCGGCAGAAUGUGAUAAGAUAAGAAUCCGCGACGAGUUUGAGACACACCUGAGGGAAGCAGGACUGCACAUAGAACGUGACAGUGAGCACAAGGUCUAUGGAUUGGGCUUUGUGCGGGUGCAUGCGCCCUGGCAGGUGCUGAGCAGAGAGGCAGAGUUUCUCAAAAUCAAGGUUCCCACUAAAAAGAGCUAUGAACUGAAAGAGGAGAAGGGCCUGUCUGCUACCAUGAGCACAAUAUGGAGGAAGCUGAACCAGCCAUUCCAGCCCAACAUCCCUGACAUGCAGCAGCAGAGUCGAACCAAGUUCCUCUCACACAGCUUCUCUCGGGACAAGCUCCAUCUGUACAACAUCGUGUGCAAGGACACGUUCUUUGACAAUGCCACACGGAGCCGAAUCGUGUAUGAAAUCCUCAGACGCACUGCCUGCACACGGACCUGCCAAACUAUGGGGAUCACGACGCUAAUAGCGAAAGGGGUAUAUGACUCUGCCUUCCCUUUGCAUGAUGGAGAUUUCAAGGACACAGAAAAAGCAGCAGAAAAGAACGAGAGACAGAUAUUGCAUGAUGAGUGGGCAAGAUACGGAGCAUUCUUCAAAUACCAGCCAAUUAAUCUUAUCAGGAAAUACUUUGGGGAGAAGAUUGGCCUCUACUUUGCCUGGCUUGGUGUGUACACUCAGCUGCUGGCCUUAGCAUCUGUGGUAGGCAUCAUCGUGUUCCUGUACGGCUGCUUCACCAUCAACUCCAAUGUGCCUAGCCUUGAGAUGUGCGAUGAGAAACAAAACUUCACCAUGUGCCCACUCUGUGACCGUGUAUGUGAUUAUUGGCACCUUAGCACAGCCUGUGGGACUGCACGGGCCAGCCACCUUUUUGACAAUCCGGCCACUGUUUUCUUUGCCAUCUUCAUGUCCCUCUGGGCGGUCAUGUUUCUGGAGCACUGGAAGCGCAGACAAAACAGUUUAAAUUACAGCUGGAAUAUGACAGGAAUGGAGGAAGAAGAGGAGCAUCCCAGACCUAAAUAUGAGACCCUGCUCCUUCAGAAGAGACAGAUGAAGAGGAGAACAAGAAAGAAGAAAAGUGAGCCUGAAAAAAGUGUGGAGGAGAACGGCGAUCCAGGCAAGGACAAAUGGAGACAGUGGUUGCUGUCUGCCAUGGCCACAGGGAACCCGUCGGAAGAUGAGCAGCUUACUUGGAAGGACAGGUUACCUGGAUAUUUCGUUAAUGUUUCCUCCAUUCUUUUAAUGUUCUGUGUGACCUUUGCUGCAGUGUUUGCGGUGAUCAUGUACCGCAUUACUAUUUCAGCCAUGCUGGCUGCGAGCCCCGACCCACAGAUCAAAUCCAGCGUGCGAGUGACGGUCACGGCCACAGCCGUCAUUAUCAACCUCGUGGUCAUCCUGAUUCUGGAUGAGAUCUAUGGCUCUGUCGCUGUCUGGCUUACCGAGCUGGAAAUCCCUAAGACAGAGUCCGGCUUUGAGGAGCGCCUGAUUCUAAAAGCCUUUCUGCUAAAGUUCAUGAAUGCCUAUGCACCCAUAUUCUAUGUAGCCUUCUUCAAAGGAAGGUUUGCUGGCCGGCCUGGAGACUACGUUCAUGUGUUCAAUCAGUAUCGGAUGGAAGAGUGUGCUCCUGGAGGUUGUUUAAUCGAGUUAUGUAUUCAGCUGAGCAUCAUCAUGUUGGGGAAGCAGCUCAUUCAAAACAACGUGUUUGAGAUCGGUGUCCCGAAGUUGAAGAAGCUGUUUCGCUCCCUGAAAGAAAAGAAGAGGACUCCUGAGGUACAUGUGGAGCAGACAGGCCGAACUCUUCGUCAGUGGCACCUGGAUUACGAAAUGGAUCCUUUUGAUGGCCUUACACCCGAAUACAUGGAGAUGAUCAUCCAGUUUGGCUUUGUAUCGCUCUUUGUGGCUUCUUUCCCCCUGGCUCCACUCUUCGCCCUCCUGAACAACGUUAUUGAGAUUCGGCUGGAUGCUAAGAAGUUUGUCACUGAGCUACGCCGACCAGAUGCUGUGAGAGCACAAGAUAUAGGAAUCUGGUACAACAUCCUCAAUGGCUUGGGCAAAUUUUCAGUUCUUAUCAAUGCUUUUGUCAUCUCCUUCACGUCAGACUUCAUCCCCCGGCUGGUUUAUCAGUACAUGUACAGUGAAACUGGCACCAUGGACGGCUUCAUUGACCACACUCUGUCCUAUUUUAAUGUCAGUGAUUUUAAACCAGGCACAGCACCUGCUGACUCAACAAUCACAGUCUGCCGGUAUAAAGAUUACAGAGAACCACCCUGGUCUUCUGAGCCCUACCAGUUCUCCAAACAUUACUGGUCAAUCCUUGCAGCUCGACUGGGAUUCGUCAUACUGUUUCAGAACCUAGUGAUGUUCCUGGGUGUGCUCGUGGCCUGGGUGAUUCCAGACGUGCCCAAGAACAUCAGUGAGCAGAUUCAGAGGGAGAAGACACUGCUCGUGGAUGUCUUCAUGAAGGAGGAAAAAGAGAAGCUUCAGCUCAUCCACAGCCUUUUUAAUAAAGAAUCAGGCAAUCUUAAGCUACGUUCACCCGAGCCCAGGAAGGUUGCACAGACAAUUUCUCAGCCCCAGGCUCCCUUGCCCAACGUCACCCAGACCGAUGACGCCCCAGCUGCCUCUCGGCCCCGCACCCGUGCCCGCGCAGCCAGCUUUAGCCAAUUCACCCGCCAGGAUUCCCUGUCACCCCAUCGAGAUCUGGGUGCACAAACGGCCGUGUGAACAGGCCGAGAAGGGGUCGGCGAGAGGGAACAGCCGGCCACAAUGUCUUCAGAGUGCCCACUUCAGCGUGGAGAAUUAGCAGUGGACAAGAUGAUAGGGCUGAGCUUUUCCACCGAAUUAUUAAA